CCCCAUCCCGCGGCUUUACAAGCUCUCGCGAGAACUCCGUGUUUUAUUCCUACGUAAUGUGCCGUGCUGCUUAUGGCGGCGCUGGUGAUGGUGCUGUGAGCUGUUGGGUAUGAAGUGUAACAGACCAGAAACUACCACCUGAAACUGCUGCUUCAAGUUCAGAUCAGUCAAGGAACACCUGCCACAAUAGUACCCAACAAGACCAAAGAAGAGAACUUGCGCUGAAGACACAACGCUUGAUCUGAAACAAGAAGUUUGUGCCUACUCAACAGCUACACAAGAGCACUUCCCAACGCUGCUAUUAGUCUUUGUUUUAUUCUCAGUGCUGCACUUUGCCACCGCCUAGUGCAGCGGGAGUUGUCUUUCUUAGCUCGAUAGAUCAUUUUCUCUAGCUAUCUUUUAAUACUAGCAACCGAAAACCUUCUGAAGCCUGCGCUGUCCGAAAAAAGAAAAAAGCAAAAAAAAAUUGUUUAAAUACUACUGAAAGUGCAAUACCUGAAUAUCUCAUCAAGCAUUGUAAAAUUAAGUUGAAACAGGAGUAGAAAUAUGGCAAGCACCUGGAAAGAAUUUGUUGAAUUUUCCAUGCCGUCUUCUCCCCCUACUGCAUACGUUAGUGCCAACCUGGGCAAUGCAUCUCCUGUCGGACUGACUUUAUCACCUUAUGGCCGAUCACUCUAUGUGAUGGAGAAGCUAUAUAAUGUACCAGCAGAGCCCCUCAGCCCAUCUGCAGCUGGUCUUCCCACUCACACCUCUUCAGCAUGUGGGUCUAAAAAGCAGAAGAGGACCCCUUUGUAUCAAAGAUCUAUGAGUUUUGACCCAAACCUUCUCCACAACAAUGGACACAAUGGGUACCCCAAUGGUACAGCAUUACGUGAAACGGGUGUUAUUGAGAAACUGCUGACAUCCUAUGGAUUUAUUCAGUGUUCUGAACGCCAAGCUAGACUCUUCUUCCACUGCUCACAGUAUAAUGGAAACCUGCAGGAGCUUAAAGUGGGAGAUGAUGUUGAAUUUGAAGUUUCCUCAGACCGCAGAACUGGCAAACCAAUUGCUGUUAAACUGGUAAAGAUAAAAACUGAGAUCUUGCCAGAAGAAAGAAUCAGUGGUCAGGUUGUGUGCGCCGUGCCUCAUAACUUGGAAAGCAAGUCACCAGCUGCUCCAGGCCAAAGUCCCUCAGGAAGUGUAUGCUACGAACGCAAUGGGGAGGUGUUUUAUCUGACUUAUACCCCAGAAGAUGUAGACGGCAAUGUUCAGCUGGAAACUGGAGAUAAAAUAAACUUUAUUAUUGAAACCAACAAACAUACUGGUGCUGUCAGCGCUCGCAACAUUGUGCUGCUGAUGAAAAGGAAGCAAAUGCGCUGUCAGGGAGUUGUCUGUGCCAUGAAGGAAGCCUUUGGGUUCAUUGAAAGAGGUGACGUGGUCAAGGAAAUAUUUUUUCACUACAGCGAAUUUAAAGGUGACCUUGAAGCCUUACAACCUGGUGACGAUGUUGAAUUUACAAUAAAGGAUCGAAAUGGCAAAGAGGUGGCAACUGAUGUGAGAUUGCUGCCUCAAGGAACUGUUAUUUUUGAAGAUAUCAGCAUUGAACACUUUGAAGGAACUGUAACCAAAGUUAUCCCUAAAGUACCCAACAAGACCCAGAAUGAUCCUCUACCAGGCCGCAUCAAAGUUGAUUUUGUAAUUCCUAAAGAACUCCCUUUCGGUGAUAAAGACACAAAAUCCAAAGUGACCCUGCUGGAAGGUGAUCAUGUGCGAUUCAACAUUUCCACUGAUCGAAGGGACAAACUGGAACGUGCCACUAAUAUUGAAGUACUCCACGAUACGUUUGAAUUCACAGACGAGUCCAGAGAGAUGGGUGUGAUUGCAGCAAUGAGGGAUGGGUUUGGUUUUAUAAAAUGUGUUGAUCGGGAUGCCCGAAUGUUCUUUCACUUCAGUGAAGUCCUGGAUGGAAACCAGCUCCACAUUUCUGAUGAAGUUGAGUUUACUGUUGUCCCUGACAUGUUGUCUGCUCAAAGAAAUCAUGCCAUAAGAAUUAAAAAACUUCCAAAGGGGACAGUCUCGUUUCACACACAAUCAGAUCACCGUUUUGUUGGAAUUGUGGAAAAAGAAGCAAUCCCAGCCAGUGCGAAGUCAAACAGCCCCAACAAAGGAAAGGAUAAGAAAAAGGAGAAGACAACAGCUGGCCUGGUCCCAGAUAAGAUUGUGGUAGUGGACAGAAAGGAAGGCGAAGAAGGAAUAAUCUCCUAUGAAGAUUGUGGUAUUAGGCUGACCGUGCCAUAUCAUCUGAAAGAUCUGGAAGGAUCAGCUCCUCAACCUGGCGAUAAGGUUGAGUUCAGCAUUUGUGAAGCGAAAAGGACUGGCCAGCAGAGUGCAGUGUCCAUGAAGGUGAUGGGACGCAAUUCUAACGGCAAAAGAUUCAUUGGUUAUGUUGCCACACUAAAAGAUAAUUUUGGAUUCAUUGAAACUGCAAAUCACGACAAAGAAAUUUUUUUUCACUACAGCGAGUAUUCUGGAGAUGUGGAUAAGCUUGACUUGGGAGAUAUGGUGGAAUAUUGUUUGUCAAAAGGAAAAGGAAACAAGGUCAGCGCUGAGAGGGUCACAAAGGUCCAUCAAGUUAACGGAUCAAAUGAUGAAGUGGAUCCAACAUUGUAUUGGGGUAAAGUUAUCAGACCCUUGCGAAGUGUAGAUCCAACACAGACUGAAUACCAAGGAAUGAUAGAGCUUCUAGAAGAGGUUGAAGAUAAGCAGAAGAUCACAGAAGAAACUCCCGAGGAAACUGAGGAUUUAGAAGAGGAUGACACCGAAGUGAACAAGCCAGCUAGCAUGAAAGGACAACUUAUCCCGUUUGGCAUAGUGGGAAUGAUCAAUAAAGCAGAUUGCCUCCAAAAGGGAGAAAUGGUAAAGUUCCAGCUUUGCGUUCUGGGUCAGAAUGGUCAGACAAUGGCUUGCAACAUCGAGCCCCUCCGCAGAGGUACAGUGGAGUGCGUGAAAGAUCAGUUUGGCUUUAUUAAUUAUGAAGUAGGUGAUAGCAAGAAGCUUUUCUUCCAUGUGAAGGAGAUUCAAGAUGGGGUUGAGCUGCAGGCAGGGGAUGAAGUGGAGUUCUCUGUGAUCUUGAAUCAGCGUACUGGGAAAUGCAGUGGCUGUAAUGUUACACUUCUGAGUAAAGGUCCUGAAAUGGUGGCAGCCCCUCGACCUGAUAGGUUAGUGAGUCGUUUAAAGAGCAUAACCCUGGAUGAUGCCAGUGCACCCCGUCUCAUCGUUCUACGUCAGCCUAAAGGCCCGGAUAACACAAAGGGAUUUGUCACCGAAAGAAAGAUCCGUCAAGCUGGUGUUAUUGACUGAUUUCCAUCAGCAGAAGCACAUUACCUAAUCAAACAUGAUUAAACAACAUCUCUUUGCUGCCCAUAUAAA